AACGCGAGUCUACUCAACGGCCCAUCGUUCAUCUCUCUCUCUCUUCGUCUCUCUCUAGGAUUUCCUCUUCCCCAUAGCCAGAAUCUCCUCGGCCGGCGCCUGCCACCGACCACCGCCCGCCGUCGCCUCUGUCUCCAAGAUUACUUUGCUGAUAGGAGUGUUACAAGUAAUUCUCAAUGCUACAAGUAUUGACCAUAAAUUGCAUUGACCGUUCUUCAUCAAUGGUUUCUGCUCCUAAAAUAAUGCAAUAUGGUGAUUCUUGACAGUGGUAUUUAGGUAGAUCAAUAUAUGCAGUUGAUCAUGCAGAGAGAUAUGGGUUGCUGUGGUUGCUUUGGAUUUUUGAGAAAGCCACAGAGAUCCCUUAUCCCUCUCAAACGCUCUGGUGGUCCGUUCCAAGAUUUCCUUUUGCCACAGGACAUGGAUGAUCCUGAUGGUAUAUUUUACAACAGAGACAAUGGGAACAAUCAUUCCGACAGUGACUGUGGUUCACAGCAUUUUGUUAAACGUUCUGAAGAAAUUCUCUUAUGGAGAUUUCAUAAUGGAUUGAUAUGCAGGGAAGUUCCAGUUAAGGAAACUAGGAGGGUAAUUCUUUCAGAGGAUGAUAAUGGAGACAAGAUGAUCAACGAGUAUGUUCGGCAAUGUAAGAUUGGUUCUGGUAGUUAUGGCAAAGUGGUAUUAUAUAGAAGCACUGAGGAUGGGAAGCAAUAUGCAAUCAAGAUCUUCCACAAAUCACAUUUGUUAAAGUUGCAUGUGGCCCCUUAUGAAACUGCAAUGAAUGAUGUUCUUCGGGAGGUAGCAAUCAUGAAAAUGUUGGAUCAUCCCAAUAUAGUUAAUCUCAUCGAGGUCAUUGAUGAUCCAAACACAGACAACUUCUACAUGGUGCUAGAAUAUGUUGAAGGUAAGUGGAUUUUUGAGGGUUCUGGAGCGGCUGAUUGCUUAGGAGAAAGCACAACUAGAAGAUACCUGCGAGACAUAGUUGCUGGUCUGAUGCAUCUUCAUUCUCAUAAUGUCAUCCAUGGAGAUAUUAAACCUGAUAAUCUUUUGGUGACCAAAAGCAACAACGUAAAGAUUGGAGACUUCAGCGUUAGCCAAGUUUUUGAGGACGAUAAUGAUAUGCUCCGAAGAUCACCUGGGACUCCUGUUUUCACUGCACCCGAAUGCUGUCUAGAUGUAACCUACCAUGGUAAGGCUGCCGAUACAUGGGCUGUAGGGGUUACCUUAUAUUGCAUGGUCUUCGGCCGGUAUCCUUUUCUAGGGGAUACUCUUCAGGACACAUACGAUAAGAUUGUCAACAACCCCAUAAUUAUUCCCGAUGGUAUAGAUCCACAACUGCAAAAUUUAAUCGAAGGCCUUCUAUGCAAAGAUCCUAAAGCCCGUCUCACUUUGCAUUCCGUAUCAGAGCAUCCUUGGGUCAUUGGCGAUGAGGGUCCGAUCCCACAGUACUCAUGCAGGUGCAGCAGACUAAAAUCUUCUACUUGAAGAGAUUGAUUGGAGUUGCGAAUUUACUGACUGCCCGAGAGAUUGCUAUGACUAAAGCAUAAUAAGAAGAUUACAUCAACAGUUUGUAUUAUAUAAUUCUCUCUUUCAUUCUUUUUUUCAAGCUGGAAAUAUUGAAAAUUUGUGUUUAAAAUUUGAAAACUUGUUUGCUGAUGAGAAUGGUGUUAAUAUGAGUUGUUUGAUGAAAGUGUUCUUAAUGCCACUGGUCCACUGUCUCUUGGACAUGUCCAGUGUGUUAAUUAUGAAAUUAUGUACAUCAUUUUGUAAGUUUUCCAUUUUAAAAUUUUAUUUUAUUUUGUAUAA